GAAAGUUGAGGAUAAAACAUUUAACCGUCUCCGCUGCGGGGAGCCAUGAGCUGUUUGGAUGUUAUGUACCAAGUCUACGGUCCUCCCCAGCCUUACUUCGCAGCCGCCUACACCCCCUACCACCAGAAAUUAGCCUAUUACUCCAAAAUGCAGGAAGCCCAGGAGUGCAACGCCAGCCCCAGCAACAGCAGCGGCAGCGGCAGCUCCUCCUUCUCCAGCCAAACUCCGGCUAGUAUAAAAGAGGAAGAAGGCAGCCCAGAGAAAGAGCGCCCACCAGAGGCAGAGUACAUCAACUCCCGCUGCGUCCUCUUCACCUAUUUCCAGGGGGACAUCAGCUCUGUGGUGGACGAGCACUUCAGCAGGGCCCUGAGCCAGCCUAGCAGUUAUUCCCCAAGCUGUACCAGCAGCAAAGCCCCUCGGAGCUCCGGGCCCUGGCGGGACGGCUCCUUCCCAAUGAGCCAGCGCAGCUUCCCUGCCUCCUUCUGGAACAGCGCUUACCAGACGCCGGUGCCUGCGCCGCUGGGCAGCCCGCUGGCCGCCGCACAUUCGGAGCUGCCCUUCGCCGCCGCCGCCGACCCCUACUCGCCGGCCGCUCUGCACAGCCACCUACAUCAGGGCGCAGCCGAGCCCUGGCACCACGCGCACCCGCACCACGCGCACCCGCACCACCCCUACGCGCUGGGAGGCGCCCUCGGCGCCCAGGCCACCGCCUACCCCAGACCCGCCGCCGUACACGAGGUCUACGCGCCGCACUUCGACCCGCGCUACGGGCCGCUGCUGAUGCCCGCCGCCUCCGGGCGCCCCCCUCGCCUCGGGCCCGCCCCGGCCCCCGCGCCCGGCAGCCCGCCCUGCGAGCUCUCGGCCAAGGGCGAGCCGGCCGGCGCCGCGUGGGCCGCGCCGGGGGGAUCCUUCGCGAGCCCCGCAGGGGAUGUGGCCGGGGGUCUGGGCCUCAGCGUGGACUCAGGUUUGCAGCCUCAGGACAAAAGCAAGGAUCUGUACUGGUUUUAGACAACCCACCUUCUUCCCUGUAGGUCUCUGCAUAGUGCAAUUGGUGACACUCAGAGCUGAAGUCGAGUGGGUUUGUAACAGCUUCUGAUCUUGGUUUGCAGCUCGUCGUUAUUCUCUCUGUGGUGCAUCCCUCCUGAGCUGAUCUGCUGACCCAGGGUUUCCCCUUCCUUUCCCCUUCUGACCAGCCAUGGAGGCUCAGCAUCUGUGCCUCUCACUUCAUGGAUGAGGAAGGACGUGGGGGAAGGCAGAGACUUCAAACUUCUCCGUGUAUUGGGAAAACCAAACACACAUCGACAGAAAUUUCAUCUACAAAUAAUUCCUUCUGCCAGAAGAGCAGAUCCAAAGGCUCUGAAUGAUGUUUAAUGACAUUUGGGCGAAUCACUGAAAGUAUCCGUGGUGAGACCACUUAGGUGACAUGAUAUCACAGCUUUCUUGGAAAGAAGGAAAGAAAAGAGACGUUUUGGUGUGAAUAUUUUUUUAUGCUGAUGUGAAUUAUUUCAUUAAGUAGUGUGAUCCUAGCACUGCUGAUGUCAGUAUCCUCAGAAUGAAAAUGUAUUUGCCUCAAAGACUGGUAGAGAAGUAAAAAGAAGCCAAUUCCUUCUUCCUCACCUGUAGCCUCCAGCUCCCUUCUUGCCCAUUCCCUCAGUACAACACCCACUCCAGACACAAAGACACACUUUUUCCUUUGGACUGUGAACAUGGAAGCCUCAGCAUGAAUGUGAGUGGCAAGUGGCUUAUCUGGAGCCACCUGCCCAAGUCUUACUGAAAUGCAGCUGUUGUGGGACAACUGUUUAAAACUCCAGAAAUACAUCGACCAAGGUGGCACUUCCCAGUCUCUGGCACAACAAUUGCAAUUGCACUGGAUAUAUUUUAUAUGUGUGUGUGUGUGCGUGUAUAUCAUAUUUUUUACAGAGAACAUUUUAUGAAAGAAGAAACCCUUCUCUGCCUUCUUUCCCACAAAUUCUGUCCCUCCCUCUAUCCUCCCCUGAAUGGAAAAAACAGCAUCAAGAGGACCCAACUGUCUCCAAGAAGACAUAGGGAUCACCACAAGAAGAGAUGCCCAUGGAGUCUUUAGUACCUCAAAUAUUUUCUCAGUCUCUGUGGUCAUGAUUUGGUCACUUAAGUGUUGGGACAGGGGAAGGGGUACAUGCGUGGGCAAAGCUGAAGGUUAUGAGGGAGAAGAAAUGAACAUUAAAGAUGUUUGUUUACCACUA